AUGUCCUCAGGCAAUGUCGGGAUCCAUUCAUCGCAUAUCAUGUUCCAUCGAGCCCAACGAGACUAUGAACGACUCCAGGAAUCCUACAACCAAUGGCUCAAGAAACGAGAGAAAACCAAGCAAGAUAUCCUCAAACAGAUCGCUUCGAUCAACGAAGCCGCGCUCGAUGCCAAGAAGUCUGCCAAACUGUCCAAACUGAAAGCUCAACUAUCCGCCUUUGAGGAGGAAGAGGCCGAAGUGCCUGAUGCUGAACUGCUACAGCAUUCGCCCCAUGCUCGUCCCUGUCAUCGUCCAGCCUACCGAAAACUUGCGUUCGAAAACGCUCUGAAGCAAUCAGAAGAGAAGAAGAGACUGGCAGAGGACGUGUAUAAUGCAGCUCAAUUAGCCAAGCAAGCCUCAGCUCCAGUCCCGAGUGAACCUGCUGCUGAACCGGCUGAGGCCGAAGCUCAGGAGGCACCUCCACCCACGCCAGAAGCGGCGACUAGCAGUGUGCCCAGACCGAUGAGUCGAAUCAAGAAACUUGAUGCCUAUUUAACCAAGUUAGAGAGCGGGAGAGGGAUGACGAAGACCUUUGCUCCGGAGCGCCAGAGUCCCACCUACGGUAAAUGGUCUCUACGCGCCGGUACUUUCCAACCCGGCCGUGACAAACCCGCUUCAUCUUCGUAA